AUGGAGACCAGGAAACGAAAUCAAUAUGGUCUCCCGAAGUCCAUUAUCCUUACCCCAGAUAAUGAAAGCAUACUUUCAGUGGGUAAAGAUAAUGGAUUAUUGUAUAAGUCGAAAUUUCAACCAGAAGAAGUUGAAUCCUCAAAGGAUCUGAUAAGAAUUUCGAAUUAUCAUAUCACAUCUAUCGCAGAAGAUAAAGUUAAUAAGAACAUCCUCUUUACAGCUCAAAAUUCUGUCGGAAUUAAAUCAAUAUCAUGGCCUUCACUUGAAAUUUCAUCACAAAUUACAUCAGGACAAUAUACAUACGUUUUAUCAUCGACUACAAGUAAAUAUUUUAUCGCAAUUUCACCUCAAAAUGAUAUAAUUUUAUUUAAUAUGUCAACAAAGCAAAAAAUCGGGUCAAUUACAAAUGCAAGCGAAAUUAAAUGCGUAAAAUUUGGCAAGACCGAUACUUUUUUAGCUGUUUAUGAUGUAACGAAUUCAAUAUAUAUUUAUGAUUUACCUUCGUUGAAAUUAUGCAAAGUGUUUCCAAUUAAAACGACAAAUACACUUAUUGCAUGCGGUUUAAAUGAAGUGAUUAUCGGAAAUUCACAAAAUAUCAUACAAAUUUAUUCCCUAAACGAAAAUUCAAUUACAGCUCAGAAAUUAAAUGAUCACAAGGCUCAAGUAAUCGGAAUUACUUUAUCUAAUGGCAAUAUUUUGGUAUCAUUAGAUAUCGAAGGAAAUAUCCUCGUUUCUGAGCUUAAAAACUCUCCAAAUGGUAUUGAAAUUAAAGUUACAAACAAAUUGAAAACAAAUCCCACAAACAAAAUCGCAUUUUUCGAAUUAUUUGAAAAUCAAAUUUGUAUUUCCAAUGAAAACGAAUCAAUUUCACUCCACAACAUUACAAAAUCAGAAACAGUUCAAUUCUUGACAGAUAUGCUCAUCUAUGAUGUAACAAAAUUAUCACAAUCAAUUGAAAAAAUCUACAAAAGAAUUGAAGGCAGAAAAAAAUUACAAAAUUUAGCUAAAAAAGCAAUCCACAAGAACAAGAUCGCAACAGUUCAGCAAGUAUCAUGUUUUGACCAAGCAUUUCAGAAAGGAAAGAUAGCUUUACUUCGAAAAUCAUUCAGGAAAUGGCAGAAACAUCAAAAAUGGCGUGAAUUGGCGAAAAACAUUGUCAAAAAAUGUCGAUUAAUUGUUUUUGCUAAAGUUAAAGAGCUCUUUGAUGAACAGAAGAAGAAGCAACAUCGUAAGAACUGGAUAACCAUCACUAAAGAUGCUAUUAGUGAUAAAAGAGACAACGACAUUGCAGAUUUGUUACAAGAAAGACAUCAAAUUCGAGUUGCAACAGAAGUAAUUGAUGAAUGGAAGAAACUCAAAGGCCAAAUGAGAGAAGAAAGAAGAGAACAGUUAAUUAAUCUUGCUGUUAAACUCCAACAAAAGAAUUUCGAAGACAAUUUGCAGAAAUGUUUGAAAGAAUUAGAAACAGAAAAGAAAUGGCAAAAUUUGUCAAAAGAAUUACUUAACAAUGAAAUUAAGAAACAAAUCGAAGCAGCAAGACAGAGAGAAGAACUCAGAAAGAAAUUCAAAGAGUUAGCAGAUGCUCUUAACAAGAAACACGUUAAGGAUGAAAUCGAAGCAGCGAAACAUAAAGAAGAAGUAAGAAAGAAAUGGGAAGAAGUUCUUUCAGAAUUGAAGAAACAAGAACUCCAAAAAGCUCUUGAUAAACACAAUGAGAUUCAAAAGAAAUGGGAAGAUCUCAGUAAGGCACAACUUAAGAAACAAAGACAAGAUGAUAUGCAAAAAGAAAAACAAAAACUCGAAGAUGGAAAGAAAUGGCAAGAACUUGCAAGAAAUUACAUGAAAAUGGCAAGAACAUAUGUAUUAAAGGCAGGAAGAAAAUACAUUGAUGAUAGCCGUGCUAAACUAAAAUCAAGGAAAUUAUCAAGAGCAGUUGUAAGAGAAUGGAAUGCUCUUACUCAGUCAAGAGAUUAUGUUAGAGAUUCUUAUAACAGUGCAAUAGAAUCUUAUUCGAUUUCUUUCCAAAAUGCUGCAGCAGAAAUGAUACAAAACGUGUUCAGAAACCAUUUAAGAAGACAGAACAGACAAAAGGAUUUAUUCAUAAUGCAACAUGCAUUUACAACUUGGGUUGCUUCAAGAGUUAUUCGAAAGAAAGCGAAAACAACAUUCCCAAAGUUGACACAACAAAUUCAACUCAAAGUUCCUAAAGUUGACAUCAAAUUACCUGAUGUUAAAAACAUUGUUUCUCCAGAAAACAAACCUCUUGACAGACUAUCACCAUUGAGAGAAAUGUUCGACUUGAGGAAAGCAAUUGAACAAGCCAAUAACACAGAACACAUGUUAAGUUUUUCAGUUGUUGAGGAAGAAGAAGAACAAAAACACGAAGAGGAAGAAAAACACGAGGAAGAAGAAAAAGUGGAACAACCUAAACAUGAAGAAGAAGAACAGUUUGUUGACGAGGAAGAAGAUAGUUUCAUUUCAAUUAAUAACUCUCCACAACAAUCAGGUGAUGAAGACGUUGUUAAAUCCAUCAUUAAAGACGUAAAUGAUAUUAUGGACAGACAGAAAAUGACACAGAAUCAACCUGUUGAUGAUUUCUCAAGUGAUUUCACAUCAGAACCAAUUGAUGUUGAUGAUGCAUUUUCAACAGAUGAUGACCAUAAACAGAUACCUGCUAAAGAUGUCUUCAUUGAUCAGAAACCAACUCCUCGUAUUGAGAAACCUUUAAUUGAAGCACCUCCACAACCAAAAUUCGAAAAAGAAGAAGCAAAUGAAGCUACAGAUUAUAUCAAACCAGAUUCAAUUCAUCAAGAUAUAAUCCAUACAUCAAUCAAAUCACUUGAUACAUUUGAGUUUGUUAGAAUUCCAGGAUUAUCUAAUAAAGAAGCUGAAGAAACAGUUUCUUUCAUUAAUUUGGAUGAAAUCCUCGGUGAUUUCAUUCCCAAACAGCUUCCAAUUGCUAAUUAUCAGAUGAUUGAUGUUCCUGAGAAGCAAAUUCCUGAAUUAACAGAUGAAGAAGCUCUCAAAGUUGUUAAUUUCUUCGAUAUGGAUGAUGUUGAACACGAAAUCACAAGAUUUACAAUUUCUCUUGAUGAUUUGAUGCUUCCUUCAAUACCUAUUAAAGGUUUAGAUGAUGAAGAAGCUGCAAAGGCUGUUCCAUUUGAUAACUUCGAUGAUGUUGAUAAUGAAUUAACAAAGUUUUCAUGCGAUGUUUUGAAUUCAAUUGAAAUCGAAGAAAAACCGAAGUUUGAAGAUGUUAAUUCCGAUGAAAUCAAGAAGAUUCUUGAUUCAUUCAACUUUGAUGAUGUUGAUCAAACAAUUACUCACAAACCAAGCAGUUCUUUAUAUGAUUUCACAAUGAAACAAAAGCCAGAAAAGAAGAAACCAGAAAUUACUGAUGAAAUGAUCAAUGAAAUCGUAAAUGGAGUUGUUAAUUUAGAUGAUGUAAUUAUUCCAUCACUUCCUACAAAUCUUAAUAAUAUGAAGCCAAUGGAAGAAAAGAAAGUUGAAAUUCCUGAUGACAUUUAUGCCGAAAUCAUCGGAAACAGUGUUAAUUUGGAUGAUGUAGUUAAUGAAAUCGUUUCAGAUUUAUCUCCAUCCAUCGAUAACUAUCAGAUUGUUGAAAUACCAGAGAAAAUCAUUCCAAAGAAAGAAGUUCCAGAAACUGCUCCUAAAGAAAUUGCAAAACAAAUCUUUGAUACAACUGAUGUUUAUGAACUUCUUAAACCAAGAUUUUCAUCACAAAUCAACAAUUUCACAUCCAAACCAGAAAUUCCAGUCAAAGUUGAAGAAGAGGAAGAAGAAGAAGUGGAAGAAGAAAUUCAUGAAGAUAUCAUUGCCGAAAAUGUUGUUAAAACUAAUGUUGACUCACUUUCACCUUUCAUUUCAAAGUCUCUUCUUAAUUUCGUCAAAGUUCUCAUUCCAGAGAAACAAACUCCAGUUAAAGAAGAAGAAGAAAUUGAAGAGGAAGAAGAAGAAGAGGAAAUACAUGAAGAAGAAAUAACAGAAGAAUUACAAAAAGAUGUUGCUAAUGAAGUGUUCGAUGAAAAACAAUCAGAAGAUGUUUUACAACCUUCAAUCUCAACAUCUCUCAACAACUUUGUUAGAGUUCAAAUCCCUGUUAAAACAGAAGAAUCAACAGAACUCAAAAUUGAAGAAGAAGAGGAGGAAGAGGAAGAAAUACGUGAUAAUUUCGAAGAUAAGGCUGCAAGCGUGUUAGCUAAAUUCUCUCAAUUGAUUUCAGAUGAAUAUGAAGAGGAAAUCCAAGAAGGAGAAGAGGAAGAAAUAAUUGAUAUUGAUGAUGAAACUGCACAAGAUAUUCUUGAUGAAGUUGCUGAAUUUGCAGAACCUGAACCAUCUAUUAAUACAAAUGCACUUCAAAACUUCUUAAUUAGACCAAAGAUUCCUGUUAAACAACAUCAAUCACCAAUUAACAAACAAAGAGUUAAAAUGGUUUUCUCACCUGCAGAAGUCAAAAUCAUUGCAAUUUCACCUUUCCAAGCUUCAAAUCUCAUUGAAAAUAUCAUGAAUGAAACAAUUAAUGAUAUCAAGUUCAUUGAAGAAGAAGAAAAGAUUCAAGAACCGUCAGAAGAUGCUAGUGAGGAAAUUGCAAAGAAUGUUUUCGAUCCAGAUAAUGUUUAUGAUUUACUCAAACCAGAAAUUUCUACAAAUAUUGAAAAUAUUACAAUGAAACAAGAAAUAGAAGAAGAGGAAGAAGAACUUCAUGAAGAUAUAAUUGCUAAUGAAGUAUUUGAAGGACAAGUUGAUGAACUUGAACCAGAAAUUAAACCAUCGCUUGAUAGUUUCCGUAAAGAAGAGAUUCCAGAAAAAAUCGACGAAGAAGUCGAAAACUUUGUUUCAAAGAAAGAUCUUGCUUCAUUACUUCAAAUCGAAGAAGAAGAGGAAGAAUAUUUGGAGGAAGAAGAAAAGUUUGAAAUUACAGAAGAUGAUAUUUUGGACAUUGCAACAACAGUUUCUCCAUACAAAUAUCCAGAACCAACAUUUGCAAUUUCCUCUCUUUUCAACAUCCAACUCAAACCAACAAUUCCAGUUCGAGUUAAAGAAACAAAGAAAGAUGCUGAACCAGAUGAAAUCAAUCAAAUUGUCGAUAAUGUUGACAACACAAAUGUUGAAUCUAUUUCACCAACAAUUAAUACAUCUCUUGAUAAUAUUCAUUCCAAACCAACAAUUCCAGUUAAAUUUGAAAUUGAUCCUAAAUUGAGUGAAAAAUUAAUUGAAAAUGAACUUCAAGAAGCAAUUAAUGACAUCAAGUUGGAAGAAGCCAAACGAGAUGUCACCGAAGAAGAAGCGAAAGAAAUCACAGAUAACAUUACAGAUUUAGAUAUUAAUGAUGCAAAGCCAGUUAUUAAAUCAUCACUUGAUAAUUUCAAACUUAAACCAAGAAUUUCAAUCAAAAUCGACAUUGAUCCUAAAGUUAGUGAAGAACUUAUUGAGAAUGAACUUCAAGAAGCAAUCAGUGACAUCAAGUUUGAAGAAGCCAAACAAGUUGUCACUGAAGAGGAAGAAGAAAAAGAAGAAAAGAUUGGAUCUGAUGAAAUUUAUGAAAUUGUUGAUUCUGUUGACAAAACAAAUAUUGAAUAUAUUUCACCAACAAUCAAUUCAUCUCUUGAUAAUAUUCAUUCUAAACCAACAAUUCCAGCUAAGGUUGACAUUGAUCCCAAAGUGAGUGAAGAUCUUGUUUCAAAGGAACUUCAAGAAGCAGUUAAUGAUAUCAAAUUUACAGAAUCAAAGCGUGAUGUUACCCAAGAAGAAAUCAAUGAAAUUACAGAAAAUGUAUCAGAUCUAAAUGUUUCAAAUGCAAAACCAGUAAUAAAUUCCGCUCUUGACAACAUUCAGCCAAAACCAUCAGUUCCAGUUAAAUUUGAAAUCGAUCCAAAGUUGAGUGAACAAAUAAUUGAGAAUGAACUUCAAGAAACAAUUGAUGACAUCAAAUUUGCUGAAUCAAAGCGUGACGUUACCAAAGAAGAAUCAAAGGAAAUCACAGAUAAUGUGGCAAACUUAAAUGUUGAUGAUGCAAAGCCAAUUAUCAAAUCUUCACUUGAUAAUUUCACAUUUAAACCAACAGAUUCAGUUAAAAUAGACAUUGAUCCAAAAGUUAGUGAAGAACUCAUUGAUGACAUGCUUCAAGAAGCAAUUAAUGAUAUCCAUUUGGAAGAAGCCAAACGAGAUGUCACUGAAGAAGAAGUCAGAGAAAUUACUGAUAAUGUAACAGAUUUAGAUGUUAAAGAUUCAAAACCAAUGAUCAAAACAAAUCUUGAUAACAUGAAACCAAAAGAAAAAGUUACAAAGAAGAGAGAUGUAACUGAUGAAGAAGCAAAUGAAAUAGUAGAAAACAAUGUUAAAACUAAUAUUGAUGAAUUAAAUCCACAAAUUUCAUCACAUAUUGAUAAUUUCCAGAUAAAACCACAAGUUAUUCCAAAAAUUGAUCCAACACAAAGCAAAGACAUAGUUUCUUCCAUUCUCAACGAUACAAUUGAUGAAAUAUCAUUUGUUGAGAAAAAGAAAAUAAGAGAACCAACACCGGAAGAAAUUCUCCAAAUUGCACAAAACAUAUUUAAUUCAGAACAAGGAAUUAGUUAUUUGAUUCCAAUUCUUUCUGAUUCAAUAAUUCGUUAUAUUCCAGCUUCAAUUCCAAUAAAGAAAGUUCCUAAAAUAUCAGAAGAUAUCCUUAAUGACAUUGUUAACAACAUAUUUAAUCCAAAUCAAGCUUUGAGAUCAUUGGCACCAAAGAAAGAAGUUCCAAAAAUGAAUCCACAGCAGGCGAAACAAAUUGUUUCUAAAAUUCUUUCAGAAACAUUGAAUGAUGUAAUUCUUGCAGAAAAAGAACAAAUUGAUGUUUCCAAAGUUGCUUCUGAUGUUACUGAAGAACAAAAAUAUGAAGUUCCAAAACCAGAAAUCAGAUAUUCUGCUUUAGAUAGAUUUGUUUCUAAACCACAAAUUCCAGAAAAAAUUAGAGAUGUAACACAAAAAGAAGUUGAUGAGAUCACAAAUGAAACAUUUGAUGAUGAACAAAUCAAUGAAGAACUUAAACCAGAUAUUGAAUCAUCAUUAAAUGAUUUCAAACCAAAGGAAAAAGUUGUUCCUCAAAUAGAUGAAAAUGUUUCAAAUGAAGUUGUUGAAAAUAUUAUGAAAGAUGUGAUUGAUUCGAUCAAAUUCUCUGAAGUCAAACAAAUUCGUGAACCAACAACAGAAGAAAUAAACGAAAUUGCUGAUAAUAAUGUUAAUAAUGAUGUGAAGCCAUUGAAUCCAGCUAUUUCAACAUCAAUCAACAAUUUCCAACAAAAACCUUCAAUUUCACCAAAAAUUGAUGAUUCAGCUGCAGAAAAACUUGUAGAAGAUAUUUUAGAUGAAGAACUUAAUAAUAUUUCUUUUGUUCCUGCAAUUCAACAUCCAACAGAUGAAGAAAUUAAUCAAAUUGCUGAAAACAAUAUCAUGAAUGAUUUAGAACCAAUGAAACCAAAUAUUUCUCAAUCAAUUGACAAUAUUCAAUUAAAACCAGAGAAAGAAAUUGAUACACGCAAUAUAGAAUUAGACAUUAUUGAUCAAACAGAUAUCACAAAUGUUGAAUCAAUGAAACCAAUAAUUAAAGCAUCAUUGAACAACUUUGAACCAAAACCAACAAUUCCAGUUAAAAUUAAUAUUGAUCCACAAGUCAGUGAAAAAGUUGUUGAAGAUAUUUUAACUGAAACUAUCAAUUCCAUUGAAUUGGAAGAAAUCAAACGAGAUAUAACUGAUGAAGAAGCCAAAUCUAUUGCUGAUACAAUUGAUCAAACUAAUGUUGAAUUGAUCAAACCAGUGUUAAAAUCUAAACUUGAUAAUUUCAAGAUCAAACCAGUUAUUGUUCCAUCAAUUGAUCCAAAGAUUGCUGAUAAAAUUGUUGAUGAACUUUUAGACGAAUCAUUGAAAUCAAUUUUACUUGCACAAAAGCAAAUUGAACCAACGGAAGAGCAAAUCAAUGAAAUUGCAGAAAAAUCAACUGAUAAACUUGAUUUAGUUGAACCAAAGAUUUCAUCACAUUUAGAUUCAUUUUCUAAAGUCGAAAUCCCAGAGAAAAGUGAAGAAGAAGAACUUAAAGAUGAGACAAUUAAUGAAAUAGUAAAUGAAAACAUUGACACAGAAAAAGCUGUUGAAGAUUUAUCACCAGAAAUAAGUUCUUCAUUGAAUAACUUCCAUAAAGAAGAAAUUCCAGAGGAAGAAGAUCUUCAUGAGAAUGAAAUUGUUGACAAAGUAUUUGAUCCUAAAGUAGAGAAUCUCGAACCAGAAAUUAAACCAACUCUUGAUAACUUCCAAAAAGAAGAAAUUCCAGAAAAGAUUGUUCCUGAAAUCGAAGAAAAUGUUUCAGAACAAAUUGUUGAAAACAUCUUUAAUGAUGCAUUAAAUGAUGUCAAACUUGAAGAAUCUAAAAGAGAUGUUACUGAUGAAGAAGCCAAAGAAAUAGCUGAUAAUACAACAAAACCAACAUUAAAUGAUGUAAAACCACAAAUUUCUUCUAAAUUAGACAACAUUCAAAUGAAACCUUCCAUUAUUAAAUCAAUGGAUCCAAAUGUUGCAAAUCAAAUUGUAGAAGAAAUACUUGAUGACUCAGUUAAAUCAAUAUUGGUUUCUAAUACCAAACAAGAACCAUCAUCAGAAGACAUCUUAAGCAUCGCCAACAACUCAUUACAAAAUCCAGUAGAAUCAAUGAAACCAACAAUUAAAGCAUCAAUAGACAACAUUCAGACAAAGCCAGAGAUUCCAGAGAAAGAAGAAAUAGAAGAAGAGGAAGAAGAAAAUCUUGAUGAAGUCAGUAAAGAAACCAGAAACAACACAGAUAUCACAAAUGUUGAAUCAAUGAAACCAACAAUAAAUGCAACAAUUGAUAACAUUCAACCAAAGCCGGAAAUCCCAGAGAAGGAAAAAGUUGAAGAAGAAGAAAAUAUUGAAGAAAUCAGCAAGCAAAUCAUAGACAAUACUGACAUCACAAAUGUUGAAUCAAUGAAACCAAUAAUCAAAACAUCAUUGAAUAAUUUUGAGCCAAAACCAACAAUUCCAGUUCAGGAAGAUGUUUUAACUGAAAACAAGCGUGAUGUUACUGAUGAAGAGACAAAAUCUAUUGUUGAUCGAAUUGAUCAAACUAAUGUUGAUUCUAUUAAACCAACAAUUAAAUCAUCAUUAGAUAGAUUUGUUCCUAAGCCAACUAUUGAAGAAGAAGACUUCAAUGAAGAGGAAAUAAAUGAAAGAGACAUUGAUUUCGAAGAAGAUUUCGAUGUUUCAUCAAAAGUAACUCAUCAAUAUGUUUCCCAAGAAAUCAAACCAACAGAAGAAGAAACAAAACAAAUUGUGGAUCAGUCAAUUCAUCCUGAGAUCCCAGAGAUCCAAAUCAAAUCAUCUUCAAUUGAUAAUUUCUCUCCAAAGCCAGAAAUUCCAGAGAAAAUCAAAGAAGAGGAAAUCGAACAAAUCACAGAAGAUAUUUCUCCAAAGGGAGUUCCUUCUCCAUCACUAAAUUCAUCACUUAAUGAAAUGAAAUCUAAACCAGAAAUACCAAUGAAACAAAGAGCCGUAGAUGAAUUAAAUGAAGAUAUUGAAAAGAUAACAGAAAAUAUUCCUAAUGAAGAUGAUGCUUAUGAAUCAAUUAAACCACAAAUCAACACAAGAUCUCUUGACAACAUCAACAUGAAUUACGACAAUGAGCAAAAAGAGAAAAGUCAAGAAGUUACAGAAAGUGAUACUGUUUUUGAUUUCUUAAAGCAUCCAACAUCAGAAAUGGAACCAUCAAGUAGCCAUGUUCUUGAUAUAAUUGAUGCUGCUGAUAUUAUUGAUGAUUCCAAACUCAUUAAAGAUCAAAUUAAAUUUGAAUCUCCUGAUGAAAAAGAAGAUGACGAUGAAUUUAAGAAGAAUGAAGAUUACAGCGCAGAAAGAAGCCAAGAAUUAUCAGAAAUUAACACAUCUCUUAGUCCAACUAAGGAAGUAGAUAUCGAUGACUUCCUUGAUGAUUUAUUAAGUGAAAAAGAUUCACUUUAUGGAUUAACAAGAUCCCAAAUGAGUGAAAGCACAAAUGAUGAAAGCAAAGUCAAUGAAGAAGAAGAAACUCCAAGACAAAUAACAUCAAAUAUUGGAGAACCAAGUGAUGAAGUAAAUCAGUCUAUUUCUAUGCCAAUAGAUGAAAUAUCAUCUAAAGAAAAUGUUGCUGAAGAAGAAAGCACAAAAGAGAAAUCAAAGGUUGAAGAAGAGGAAGAACAAAAAGGAGAAGAAGAACAAAAGAUUGAAGAAGAAGAAAAAGUUGAAGAACCUGUGAAAGAAGAAGUAAAGAAGGAAGAAAAGUCCUCAGAUGAUUUAGCUAAUUCUCAUGAAUACACAAUAAGAAUGGCUAAAGAAAGAGCAAGAUUGUCUCUUUUGAGGAUGAUUUCAGGAGAAAGCAGCGAACUAAUUUCUGGAAACAACGAAGAAGAGGCAAAUAGUUUUGAGAAUGAAAAUACUGAAGAAAAAGUUGAAAUUGAUGAAGGUGAAUUAUCUGCAGAAGAAGAAAAUGAUGAUCUCGCAAAAAGAUUUGAAACAUCUGGUCACAAAGAAGAAGAGAAUUUAUUCGAAAACGAAGAAGAUGAGCAAUUAUUCUCUAAUGAAGAAGAACAAGAACUCGAAAACCAUAAUCAACAAGUUGUUGAAGAACUUUAA